UUUCCCCCCUUUUGGUAAUCUCUAGUCAUCUCAAAAAUACCCAAAAUUCGUGGGUGAGAUUCGGAGAUGCAUGUUUAUUCUAUUUUUGGAAUUCAAGUCUUUUUAGUGUGUUUGUAACCACACGUGCAUGUGCAUGUGCAUGCGUUAGUCCCAAACCAUACUUAAACUCAUCGGUUCCUCGUUACAUCUCUUAACCAAAACAAAUAUUUUUAUUUUAUAUAUUUUCUAAUUUUUGCUGUGUAAUUGAAACAUGGAUUUGCGAUUAUCAACAUGCAAGAUUCAGAUGACAACGUUAAGAUUGAUAUUCAUCAUAACGAUGACAAUGUUGAUGAUGAGAACCGGAGACUCGAUGAGAUUGGAUCUGGAAUCAGGCACGACCAAAUGUAUCUCCGACGACAUCAAAAUGAAUUAUCUGACUGUGGGUACUUAUUCCGUCGUCAAUCCCAACGAAGCUAUCCAUCUUCCUGCUUCCCACAAAAUCUUUGUCACUGUGGCGUCACCUAAAGGGCACACUCAACACCAAGCAGAAAAUGUGGAGUCUGGGAAAUUUGUGUUCACGGCGGUGGAAGACGGCGAUUACACAACGUGUUUUAUUGCUCCUGUUUUAAAACCUCCGGCCAAAUUCGCCGUUGAUUUCGAAUGGAAAAGUGGCGUGGAGGCUAAAGAUUGGGCCACCAUCGCCAAGAGAGGCCAGAUCAACAUGCUGGAGGUGGAGGUGAGGAAACUACUCGACGUGACGGAGUCUAUACACGACGAAAUGUUUCUACUCCGGGAGAGGGAGCGGGAAAUGCAGGAGCUAAACCGGUCGACAAACUCGAGGAUGGCGGGUCUAAGUUUAUUCUCGUUGGUGGUUACGUUGUUUGUAGCCGGUUUACAACUAUGGCAUCUCAAGUCAUUCUUGGAGAGGAAGAAGCUUCUCUAAUCAAACAAGUUGUUACUCUUUUAUCAGAUUUUGGUGUUAUCCAUUUUAGCUUCUUUUUUACUAAAUAAAUCACUUUCUUUAUCUUGGAUUUUCAG